GGAACUUAAAACUUAAAAGAAAAUAAGUUCAAUCAUGUUCAUUGCUUCACUCUGACAUAUUAUUUAAUUUGUGGUCCUAAGAAGAUACUCGGUCCGAGACUCUUCUAUUUUCAAUGCUUUCAAAACCGAAAGAUAUUGGGGGAUUCCCCUUACGUCAUCUUCACUGGGCGGAGCUUUUAAUCAUUUCUGUCAAUAUUUCAAAAUUAAUUUGAUUGACUACCUGAAAAAGUCACGUGAGUGGUAUAGCAGCAUCGCAACUUUCGUAUCCACAGCCAUGUGCUUAGUUUGGUCUGUAAUCUACUGACAACGGACAAAACAUGACCGAUGAAGAACUUUAUGACGAUUUGCAAAAAAUGGAGGACAUUUUUGAUGGAGGAUUCGCUGUAGAUGAAUCCAGCUCUUAUUGGUUCGGCCUUGAUCCGUCUAUAGCCGAGGAUGAAAGACCUUCAACACAGACGCGCCUUUAUUCUGAGCGCCUAGAGUAUGACACAACCAGCUCAACGCCUGGUGAGCAGAUCACCGACUUUGAGGUCGCAACACUCCCCAUACGCGAACUAAACAGACGUUUGAAGAUCCUCCCUCAAGCUGAAAUAUUACAAAUCAGAAAACGCCGGAGAAGCUUGAGAAACCGCAAUUACGCGACUAACUGCCGUCGAAGGCGUGCAGCCCUUAAAGAGAGCUUGCUAACAGAAAAUAAGCAAUUGAGAGAUCAGCUACGAGAGGCAAAUGAAACCCUUUCCAAAGCUUUGAAAGAAAGAGACUCCUACAAAAGAAAGUUUGCAGAACUACAUAAGGCAUACGUCACCUUUAAUAGACCUAAUGUUGCAAGAAAAUGGUAACUUUGAUGUAAUGAGAUUCAAUAUUGGACAGACAAAUUAUUUUGAGUAAGUUCGAUCAUCGGUCUUAAAUAUCGGCACAGAAACAAGAAUGUUACGUGUUGCUAGAGCUUUCCGUCAAAAUUUUAUCAUGUGAAGUCGAGUUAAGGUUAGUGUACUUCAUAUGUAUUCCAGUUGUACAAGCUAUUUUGUGUAAUGUGUCAAAAGAAUUUCAUCAUUGGUCAUAUUUCUCAUAUCUUAGCAUAUUGUUAUUACGCUAAGGUUGAUAACUUUUGUUUAGUUUUUGCUCAUGCAAAUUCCUUAAAUUCAUCUUUAGAGAUUCAGAUACAACUGUCGUGUUACUAUUUAAAGUUGCCGUUUGAAUGGCUUUGUAUUCAGUCGAUGAUAAAAUAAUCUCAAUUUCUUUAUAACGAGUUGAACUCCAUAUGAAUAGUUAUUUUUAGAUCUUCUAUAUAACGCCAGAAGCAUACUGUAAUUCGAACAAUUGUAUAUACAUGUUGUUUUGUUCAGAAAGGGAAAAGUUCUACUUUCUUACUGAUAACAACGAUAUUUGGUAUAAUAGCUAAAGUAAAUUAAGUAAUUUUGUUGGAAGUCAAUAAAAAUUUUCUCGGUCUUUAGAGAAAAUGAUUAUGUCUCAUUGAGAGAUCAGUUGAUGUUUUAACCAACUGAAAAAAACUAUUUUGUGUAUUCUAUGAUCGUGUCGAAAUGCUGAAUAUGUCGUAAUUAGGAAGGAAGUAUUUUUCGAAGCAAGUGAAUCAAGAGAUAUUCGUGUAGUUUUAGAGAAACUGUAAUCAACUCCACUUUGGUGAUGUAUGUAUUUGUAUUUGAUUAUGUUCAAAACUCAAUCUUUAAAACUGAAAUAAAGCAGUUUGUCAAGUAA